GUGGUACCUCUCCUCCAAGAUCUCACCAAUAGGGUCAGAAGAGCAUGAGCCGAGCUGUGAUUGGAGGAGCUCGGCACAUGCAGAUUAGGACAGCCCCUGAUUGGAGGAGCUGUCACAUGCUCCUCUGACCCCUGGAGCACUGAGGAUCUCACAGCAUGGCCCUUGUCUGAAUGGGGUUCUUUUCAUCACAGCAUCGAAUCACCUGCUAGAUCAUCAUCCAUCUGAUUAACCCUAAGGCUACUCAGGUUAGCCCUCGCAGCUCCGUAGCCGAGGCCAGGAAGUCUGUAUCGGAACAGGUCCUGUGCAUGUGCAGCUGCCACACCAUUGGAGAGUACAGCUGAAAACCUCCAGAGCCUGGCUCCUGCACACAUCUAACACAUAUCAACAUGCUGUGAUCCUGACAAUCCCUUACAGACUACAGGAGUGAAUCUCUCCACAACUUGUUACCACAUAAGCUUCUCAGGAUUCUUCAUUUCCCUGCAUAUCCUCAGAAGAAAAGAUAUGUGCAAAACCAACUUAUAGAAAAUACUAUUGUUGCUGCUGCUUCAAUUUCCAGGACUAAAAAUGUAUUAUUGUCACUUGGGAAUCAAAGCACUCCUAUCAAUCUUGUGCAGCAUCAUGUACAGUUCCAUUGUUAAUGCUGAAGGAAAAGAGGGAGAGAUUCUUCCCCCAACAAUACAAAAGCUAAUGAGAGGAUACAACAAAUAUCUACGGCCCUUCUUUGAUAAUGGACCUGUGACAGUGGGAAUGAGUUUGGAUAUUGCCAGCAUUGAUACAAUAUCAGAGAUUAACAUGGAUUACACGGCGACCAUAUUCCUGAGACAACGCUGGACAGAUGAAAGGCUCUGCUUUGAAGGCAACAAGAGCUUAAGUUUAGAUGGUCGUCUGGUGGAGCUGCUGUGGGUGCCAGACACAUUUAUAGUUGAUUCAAAAAAGUCUUUCCUUCAUGACAUCACUGUGGAGAACCGUCUCAUACGGAUUUACCCAAAUGGAACAGUACUUUAUGCUUUAAGAAUAACUACUACUGUUGCAUGCAGCAUGGACCUAACAAAGUAUCCCAUGGAUAAGCAGACGUGUACCUUGCAAUUGGAAAGCUGGGGCUAUAACAUUAAUGAUGUGAUGUUCUACUGGACCAGAGGAAACGAUUCAGUACGAGGGCUGAAUACCCUGCGCUUGGCACAAUAUACGGUGGAAGACCAUUACACAUCUGUGUCUGAAGCUGUGUAUGAAACCGGGCGUUAUCCAAAGCUGGUGUUCCACUUUGACCUCAAAAGAAACAUUUUGUAUUUCAUUCUGGAGACAUAUGUACCAUCAAUCCUUUUGGUUGUCCUCUCCUGGGUGUCCUUUUGGAUAAGUCAGUCUUCAGUACCUGCAAGAAUUUGUAUAGGUGUCACAACUGUUCUUACUAUGACCACACUCAUGAUGGGCGCCAGAACUUCUCUUCCGAAUGCAAACUGCUUUAUAAAGGCUAUUGAUGUCUACCUUGGCAUUUGCUUCAGCUUUAUAUUCGGAGCUCUACUGGAAUAUGCGAUUGCACACUUUUGUACUCUACAUCGCCCUGCUCCAAGGAACACUACUACGAAUGACCCUAAUGAGGAGGAAGAAGAAGAAGAUAUUGAUAUGAAUGGAACCAUUGCUGCUGUUUCCAGUGGAGGAAACAGACAAACAGGAGUUAAUGUCAUUAAAAAACAGAAGAGUCGAAUGCGCCAAAUCUCCCCGACCAUGAAGAGACUCCUCUGUAUUUUUUAUUGCUUCCAGGUUGAGAAUCCUCAUCACAUAGACAAUUACUCUAGGCUCUCAUUUCCAUUGUGCUUUAUGAUAGUAAAUGUUAUUUACUGGGGGUAUUAUCUGUAUUUUUGACCUAUUCAGGCUCAAUAAUAAUAUCAUUGUCACUUAUUUGAAGACAAUUAAAACAAAGCAAAAAAAAGUAAAAAAAAAAAAAUAUAUAUAUAUAUAUAUAAAUAUAUACUGUAUACUCCUGAAAACUGAAAGGAA